AUGGGCCUUGUCUUGGCCGAGGAGGAACGCCAGGCGCAACAUCUAAAGUCCGUACUAAGGGCCACGGCAGAUAGAUUGGAACAUGAAAUCAGGAGAGCAGACAAAGCGGUGUCGAGGGCAGAGUAUGCGGAAAUGCGUGCCCGCGAGAUGACGACUCGUGUGACAUCUGCAGAAAGUGGAAAGCAAACUGCAGAGCUUGACGCCACGCGUGCGAAGGAAGAAGCCAAGAGGUAUCAACUGCAGUGUGAAAGCUUGGAAAGGCAGCUAAAACGCAUGCAGGCGGAUGCCUCAUCAUUGCAGAAGCUCAAGGUAGAAGCUGACGAGAGUGCAUCAAGAGCGCGAGAUACGGCGAGGAAGUUCCAAGUGGAAUUGAAGAACCUUCAGGAGAGAGAAGAAGGGCGUGAAGAGAGUCGUAGAUUUGGUAUGCACAAGUGGUUCAAGAGUGGAAGAGCCGAGGGAUUCGAUGCUGGUCAUCUUGAAGGAUUUGAGGAAGGUCGAGAAGAGGGCUUUGAAGAAGGGAGGGAGGUGGGCUUUGAUGAAGGGCUGAAGGCGGGCAGAAAGGAAGGAUUCAAUGAUGGUUGGGAACAAGGUCUGCAGGACGAGCGUGAGCAUGCUUUGAAGGCUUUUGACAAGUUCCUCGUCGCAGAGUUCAAUGAAGAACCACAUGCACGCUCCUUGUCUCUUGUAAACUAUAUAAGCUUCUCUCUCUCCAUUUGUUUUCCUUGUAUCGCCAUCAUGGCUUCCUCCCAAUCUCUCCGUCGCAAAGGCCCUAAAAAUCUUCCUAGUCUCCCUUUGUCUGCAUUCACACCACCAAACACCGGCACUUCUGAAAGAUUCCCACUACCACCCACACCAGGUGCCAUAUUCCCAGACAUCAUCAUCGACUCAAACGUCGCGGCAACAGCUGAUCUGUCCAAGUACAAGUCAGAUGCAGCCCAACUACUGGAAGGGAAAGUGGCGGGAGUAGUCUUGAACUUGCAAGGCAAAGCACCCGAGGAUGUCGACAAGUUUAUACAAGGGUAUGAUCGUUCUCGCUCGAACCCGGACUUUCCUGUUCUUUCUUUGCUCGUUCCAUUCAGCCUCGAUGGCCCUGUACCUACCGAACCUCCUUCCCAUUUGUCCGAUUCUGCCAACGUCCCUACCGCUCUAACUACUACAUUCGUCAACGCUGCCCCACAAGGCAUAGAUAACUUGCGAUGGGCUCUCAAGCACAGCCGUGUCGUAGACAUUGAUGUUCAGGGUGAUAUCAUGGGCAACGAGACGGUGUGGGAGACCUUUGAGGAGCUGCUCACCAAGGCCACAGUAGAUCUUGAUGUGAGGGGAACUCCGAUCGUGCUAUCCAAUGUCCUGCCUCCCCCUCACGACCUUGAUCUCCACAUUGUUACCUUGAUGAAGCACCCUACAUACCGGAUGUACCAGGCACAUACUGCCGCCCUCUCUUUGUUCCCUAAUCUUCAUGUCAAGUUUAUCCCUCCAUUAUGGAACGCGACCACGCCACCGACGCCACACGUUGCUCCCAAAGCCGAAAUUCCAGAUACGGAAGACAAACAGGAGUGGAAACGCAGAAUAAAAAUGUAUAUUGGACCCGUCCUAGAGGCUUUUGGAUUCGAGCGCAUCAUCUUUGGCUCCUCUCCUUCUCCUAUCUCACAGUCUACCUCUAAUGUUUCCGAUUGGUACGAGCUCGUACGAGAGGCAUUUGCAGAACUCGGAGUCGAACAGGAAGCUAUUGACUCUGUAUUUUCUGUGAAUGCAAAGAGAGUGUAUGGCUCGUCAUAG